AUGAGUAUAAUUUCUGAUUCAUCAGGUUCUCUUGCAACAAUAUCUGCUAACCUCAGUUCUGUACCAGUUCUAAACGGAACCAACUUUAAAGAUUGGAAAGAAAAUAUUGUAAUCAUUUUGGGCUGCAUGGAUCUAGACCUUGCACUAAGAGAAGACCAACCUGCUUCUCUUACAGAAAAUAGUACUCAUGAUGAUAUGAGACUAUAUGAGAAGUGGGACAGGUCUAAUCGCAUGAGUCUCAUGAUCAUUAAGCGCGGUAUUCCAGAAGCCUUUAGGGGUGCGGUGUCCGAAGGGAUUACCAAGGCCAAAGAUUUUCUUGCCGAAAUAGAAAAGCGUUUUCUUAAAAAUGAUAAAGCAGAAACAAGCACUCUAUUUCAAAGAUUGUUUACCAUGAGAUACAACAGCAAAGGAAAUAUAAGGGAAUACAUCAUGGAAAUGUCUAAUCUUGCUUCUAAGCUUAAAGCAUUAAAGCUUAACCUAUCAGAGGACUUACUUGUCCAUUUGGUUCUGAUAUCUUUCCCUACACAAUUCAAUCAGUUUAACGUCAGUUAUAACUGCCAAAGGAAUAAAUGGUCUCUUAAUGAGCUCAUUUCAUAUUGUGUGCAAGAAGAAGAAAGAUUAAAGCAAGAAAAGAUUGAAAGUGCAAACUUGGUCAACACCUCUAAGGAUAAGGGCAAGAAAAGAAAAUAUAAAUCUGGAAAGAAUGAGGCUGAUAAGGGUCUAGUACAGAAGAAACAAAACAAGGAUGAUACUUGUUUCUUCUAUAAAAAAAUCUAG